AUGGUCCAAAAAGAUAAGACGCUGGAGAGGACACCCGUGGAAGCCGAACCGAGCCCCAGCCCAGUCUCAGGAGAGGCUUGUGCCGAGGGUCCCGGCCUGUUGGAAGAGUCCGGCGGAAUCAUAGUGGAAUCGACGGGCCACAGAAAAUUCAUCAGUGGUGUAGUGGAAGGCUUUUAUGGACGACCAUGGACAAUGGAACAGAGGAAAGAGUUGUUCAGGAGACAGCAGAAAUGGGGACUGAAUACAUACCUUUAUGCGCCCAAAGAUGACUACAAACACAGAAUGUUCUGGAGGGAGUUGUACUCCGUGGAGGAAGCAGAACAACUUAUGACACUAAUCGGAGCUGCCAAAGAGUAUGGCAUUGAGUUCAUAUAUGCCAUUUCUCCUGGACUUGACAUUACUUUCUCCAAUCAGAAAGAGGUCACAGCACUCAAGAGGAAACUGGACCAGGUGACACACUUUGGUUGCAAGUCAUUCGCCUUACUUUUUGACGACAUCGACCACAACAUGUGCCCUGCCGAUAAGGAAGUGUUCAGCUCAUUUGCACACGCUCAGGUGUCCAUCACCAAUGAAAUCUACCAGUACCUCGGAGAGCCUGAAACCUUCUUGUUUUGUCCCACAGAGUACUGUGGAACCUUCUGCUAUCCAAAUGUCUCUCAGUCUCCCUACCUUCACACAGUAGGAGAGAAGCUGUUGCUUGGCAUUGAUAUUCUGUGGACAGGACCCAAAGUGGUAUCCAAAGACAUCACAGUUGAGUCUAUAGAAGAAGUGUCUAAGAUUUUAAGAAGAGCCCCUGUGAUCUGGGACAACAUCCACGCCAAUGACUACGACCAGAAGAGGCUCUUCUUGGGUCCUUACAAGGGCCGCUCCACAGAGCUCAUCCCCAGACUGAAGGGAGUCCUCACCAACCCCAACUGCGAGUUUGAGUCCAACUUUGUUGCCAUCCACACUCUGGCCACCUGGUAUAAGUCUAACAUGAAUGGAGUGCGCAAGGAUGUGGUCAUGACGGACGGUGAGGACAGCACAGUUUCCAUCCAGAUUAAAUUGGAGAACGAGGGCAGUGAUGAAGAACUGGAGACAGACAUGCUGUACAGUCCCCAACUGGCCCUGAAACUGGCUCUCACUGAGUGGCUUGGAGACUUUGUCGUGCCUCAUCAAUACAACAGCCGACAGGUGCCUCAGAGCGGUGCCAAAAGUACCGUCAUCGACGUGUCCUCCAUGGCCCCUCCCUCACUGUGCUCCGAUACCACGGUGACCACUGUGUUCCAGCAGCCCAUAAUGUCUCCGGCCAUGCCGCCUCAACUACUCGAACCUCACCCCAUGCCAAAAACACCUGAGCAGGAAGAGGAGGUGGAGAAGAAGGAUUCUGAUGAGGAGCCCAUGGAGAUGGUGAUGGAGAAGCAGGAAGAGCCAAACGCGGAGGCGGACCCUGAGCCGAAACCCGAGGACCCAGUCUUGGUUGACAAGAUGGCGGAAGAUCUGAAGCCCAUGGAUACAGACAAGGAGAGCUUGGCAGAGUCCAAGUCUUCAGAAGAGUCCAUACAGGAGGAUUCUGGGAGCGAUAUUGCACCCAUGCAGACUGACGAUCAAAUCAAACAGGAUUUAUUUGCGCCUGGUCCCGAUGAGAAACCGUUGUUCACCGUGGAGCCGCUCUCAAUUGAGGACCUGUGCCUCCUGGCGGAACUCUUCUACCUGCCUUACGAGCACGGCCCCAAGGCCAUGCAGAUGUUGAAAGAGUUCAACUGGCUGAGAGCCAACAGCAGCGUCGUCAGCGUCAACUGCAAGAUGAAAGAAGACGAGAAGGUUGCAGAAUGGCAGUUGAGAGCAGAGAAGUUUGAGGACAUGUGCUGCUCUGUCAUGCAGAUGUUCACACGUCUGUCCAAUUCAGCCAACCGCACCAUCCUGUAUGACCUCUACCCUUACAUCUGGGACGUCAAGAGCAUCAUUUCGAUGGUCAAGUCCUUUGUCCAGUGGCUAGAUGGAAGAAUCCACAGUACAAGUUUCUACUGCUAUUGGAUCGACAGUGGCCGAUGGUGUCGUAGUCAGUCCUCAGCACAAUUCCCUAAAGGAGACCAAGAACCGUGGGCCUUUAGGGGAGGUCUAGCAGGAGAGUUCCAGAGAUUGUUGCCAAUAGAUGGGGCAAACGAUCUUUUCUACCAGCCUCCGCCCUCACUGCCUACCUCCAAAAUCUAUUCAAUAAGGCCCUACUUUGCCAAAGAUGAGGCUUCAGUGUAUAAAAUCUGUAAGGAAAUGUACUAUGAAGGAAUGGAGGAUGCACCUUCUGUAGACCAGGAAUCUGACCUCAUCAGUGACAAGUUGGUCGGAGGUCUUCUGUCUGUGAGCCCGGACUACGGCUUUGUGCUGGAGGAUGAUGAAGGCAUCUGCGGCUACGCUCUGGGCACUGUGGACGUCAAACCCUUUAUCAAGAAAUGCGAGAUGAGCUGGAUUCCUUUUAUGCAAGAGAAGUACCUCAAACCUGAUGGUCAAAAGGACCUCACAGAGGCCGAGAAGAUGAUUUUGAGUUUCCAUGAGGAAGAGGAGGGUCUUCCGGAAUCGUUCCUGUCCAACUUCCCCUCCCUCAUCAAGGUUGACAUUCAUGCAAAGGUCACCGAUCCCAGUGUGGCAAAAAGCAUGAUGGGAUGCCUAUUAUCUUCCCUUAAGGCCAAUGGCUCCCAAGGUGCCUUCUGUAAGGUUCGCCAGACUGACAAGAGAAUGUUGGACUUCUACAGUAAGCUGGGAUGCUUUGAGGUGGCCAAGAUGGAGGGCUUUCCCAAAGAUAUCAUCAUAAUGGGGCGAAGCUUAUGAGGCAAUGUUCUGAGCGAGAGAGGGCAAGAUGCGGUCAACACAGAACCUUCAUAAGACGCAACUUCCAUGAUGGUUUCAAAGCGACAUGACCGCCUGUGCCAGCAGGGACACCUGUUUUAUUUUCCAAGCCCUGCGCUCCUCUUAAGGGUGAGCUGAUUGCUGGCCAACAAAGCCAAGGUCGACUCAAUCAGUGGAGAGGAGUCACAUCGGAGGUGUGACUGUGCAUUUGUUCCAUCUGGAGGCCCAACAUUUGUACACCUCCAGGAGGCCAGAAGUGACAUCGUUAUUUGCUGCCCCCCCCCCCCCCCUUCAGCAGACAUCACAUACAUAUGACCCUAUGCCAGAAAUGUCUGCAGCAAAAACACACACAAAGCUGUGAAAUGAAGGCAGCAUGACACCAUUCACAAUGUAACGUACUAGACGUUUCAUUGAGGUGACACAAUUGUUCCGCGGUUUACUUUUUUCAUACAAGUGGCACUGAGUGGAAACACGUGCACAGUUUGAACUUGCAAGAUCAUUGCACACCAGAGUGCAUCUUUUUAAGUGGUCUUUUGAAGCAAUAGUGAAUUUAUGCGCAACGCUUUGCAGUUUUCCCUUGUGUACAUUUUGCCUUUGGGUGUUUUUCUUUAAUGUUUAGGUUUCUAACAGACCUCAGUGUCUUCUAUCAACACCUUCUAAAGCUGAUACAAGAAGGCUUUGGUGAUUGUGGAAAUUGUGUCACACACAGAAGACCCCCAUUUAUGUGAAAUGACACAUUAGCCUAGGUUGUGAGAUUUUUUUUCACGUUUUUCUCUCUCCCAAAUUGUUUACUGAUCUAAUCCGGGGAUGGGGAACCUUUGUCCUAUGAGGGGCCAGUUAACUUUUUAUCAAGUCCUCAAGGGCCAUAACUUCACUUUUGACAGAAAACAAUGGAACAAAAAACAACAACAAAUGUUUAUGAUCAUUUGUAAGUGAAAUGUUUUGAGCAGUUUGUCUGAGUUUCGUUUUCUAGAAUUGCAUGCUGGGCAGGAUCCAAAGCGUUCAGAUUUCCCCAAGCCAGUUCAGUAUCAAAUUUACCACAGGACCAAAAAUCUUUAGAGUUCCUACCCAUUUUUGUAGGGGAAAAAUAAACAGUGCAGUGUUUUACAUUGAUUGGAUGACUACUCGGUUACUUCUCAACCAUUUAUCAGUACCUGGUGUCCACAUCAACAUGUGAUCUGUGCGACAGGAUUGUUCCCUCUGAAGAUUUUCCCUACUGAUUUGCUUUCUUUUUAGCACAGUCGCUUUAGCAUGAAUGUCUGCCACUCAGCAGUCCGUUAUUCCAUCUUGUCACCAAAGUGGCAUUUAAGGUCUUGUUCUUUCCAUUUCAUUUCGGUUUUGCCUUCUGAUGGGUUUACCAAUUUUAUUU